UGCUUUUUACUACAGACCAGAAACUACUAGUUAGAAAAGAUGUCUUCUACGCUGACAAAAUAUUUCUCCCCAUUUAUCAAUCAUGAAGAAGAAUUGUGUCUCUUACAGAUUUUUAAACCUCUCUACGUUUUGCUUUCCGCUCUCGGAUUAUUUCCACAGUCCAUCGAAUUUCCUGAUGGAAAACUUAAAACUAACGUGAAUCUUAAAAACAGCACAAUCAAUUCCACCUGCACAAUGCUUAUGAUUCCUGUAAUUCACGUCUUUUUCCUUUUUCAUUUACAAGAAUUAUACAUGUCUAGUAAAGACAACACCUUAACAGAAGGUACAAUGACUCUGAUAAACUACACCGUUGCCCUGAUUAUACAAGUAUUAUUUUGUACAGUUUCAUUUUUUCGUGUGAUACGCGACAGAAAAAUAUACAUCACUAUUUUAAACGACAUGGCCGACUGUUGGGAAAGAAUUGCGAUGGGUAAGAGAAGGCUAAUUCUUGGACGAUUGCGUGUGCAGGUGAACUGUGUGCUUCUACCCUCUGUACUACCGAUUCUGCUACCCUUACUGAUUUCCCAAUACGCAGGAAUGAAGUUUAAUAUCUGGAAAGUGAUAUUAAUAUAUCUGACGUUUGAUCUUCCUGAGCUGAUACAGUUUGUAAUGCUUAUAUUCUAUUUCGUAUUGGUUUUGAUAAUUGUGGCGCUGUUAAAAAAUAUUGAAGAGGAGUUAAUAUUAAUUUUGCAUGUGGCAAAAAACAAUCAGAAUGAUUCAUUUGAAGCUGAUAUGAGAAUGGGCGUGGGUGAGAUAAUGAAGGAGUAUGUCAAGACGCUGGGGUUAAAGCGGCAGGUGAACGCAGCGUUCCAGACAUCGAUACUGGUGGCGCUGGUGUCAAUAUUCCAACAGCUAGUCGCCUUGCCUCACAUGAUGUACCAUGGUCUCGCCUUUCAGACUAAUUUUUCCACCUGCGACAUUAUUGACUGCAGCGUCUGGAUGGUCAAUCAGCUGCUAAAAAUAUGUCUUUUGGCGCGCUCAGGCGAUCUGUUGACAACACAAGUAAAUGAAAUUGGCCGCACUAUUCAUAACAUUCCGAUCAGUGGUGAUCCAGAUUGGAAAGUUAUUUUAGAAGUGCAGCAUUUCUCAUCAUUGAUGAUUUAUCAGGAUGCAAAAAUGACUGUAUAUGGCUUUUUCCCAUUGGAUGCAACUCUAUUAUUUAAUGUAAGUUUCUGGAUCAAUGUAUAAUUAAUUUUUUGUUUGAC